AGAGAACUGACGGACAAAGACUGAUCGACAGGCCAUGGCCGUGCCGUUUGUGCAGGACUGGGAUUUGGUACAGACUCUGGGUGAAGGGGCAUAUGGAGAAGUGCGGCUGCUGGUCAAUAGGAAGACUGAGGAGGCGGUAGCUGUGAAGGUGGUGGACAUGUCGCGGGCCAAGGACUGUCCCGAGAAUGUCAAGAAGGAAGUGUGCAUCAACAAGCUGCUCUCCCACCCCAGCAUCGUGCGCUUCUUUGGCCAUCGCGUUGAGGGCAACACGCAGUAUCUGUUCCUGGAGUACUGCAGCGGAGGGGAGCUCUUUGACCGCAUCGAGCCGGAUGUCGGGAUGCCUGAGAGAGAUGCUCACAAGUUUUUCCAGCAGCUCAUUGCAGGCGUGGAGUAUCUCCACAGUGUUGGGAUCACACACAGAGACAUCAAACCGGAGAACAUACUGCUCGAUGACAAAGACAACCUGAAGAUCUCGGACUUUGGGCUGGCCACCAUGUUCCGGCACCGCGGGCGGGAGCGGCGGCUGACGCGGCUGUGCGGCACGCUGCCCUACGUGGCGCCCGAGCUGAUGUCGCGCACUGAGUUCAGUGCCCAGCCCGCCGACACCUGGGCCUGCGGCAUCGUCCUCACCGCCAUGCUGGCCGGAGAGUUGCCGUGGGACCAGCCGACCGAAAGCUGCCAGGAGUAUUCUGAUUGGCUGCAGAGGAAGACCUACCUCACACCCUGGAAGAAGAUUGAAGCCACGCCCCUCAGUCUGCUGACCAAGAUCUUGCUGCACGACCCUGAUAAGAGAAUCACCAUUCCUGACAUCAAGAAGGACCGCUGGUUCAGCAAGAGCUUCAAGUCAGGAGCGAAGCGGAUGAGUGACUCGCAGGGCCCGGUGACCAAGCUGCUGCGAUCUGACUCGGAGCAGGCGCCUCUCGGCAGCACCAACAGUGAGGACCGAGUGCAGAUAUCCAGCUCCCAGCCUGAGCCUGCGCUGGGAUGGUCGUGGGAGUCAGGAGUGGGCGGCGCUCAGACAGAGGGGCUGCUGGUCAGCUUCUCCCAGCCAGCUUGCCCUGACCACAUGCUACUGGGCAGUCAGCUGCUGGGCACACAAGGAUCCAGUCAGUCGCCGUGGCAGCGCCUGGUCCGGAGGAUGACGCGUUUCUUCACCACCCUGGGGGUGGAGUCGUCUUGUGCUGCACUAAGAGAAGCCUGCACCAGCAUGGGCUACACCUGGAAACAGAGCUGCACCAAUCAGGCAACCGUCUCCACAAUGGAUCGCCGUAACAACAAGCUGAUCUUCAAGGUGCACUUCCUUGAAAUGGAGGAGAGGAUCCUGGUAGAUUUUAGGCUGUCAAAGGGUGAUGGCUUGGAGUUCAAGAGACUCUUCCUGAAAAUCAAACGACAGCUCGGUGACAUUGUCAACAGCCAGAAGGUCCCGCUACCUGUCACAUGACAGUGGAGUGCUGAGCUGCUCACAGCCACAGAGAGCAUAACCACACAGGUGCACUAGCAUCUGGCCCCAUAUGCUCAGGCGCACAUACAAACCCCACACAUGCAACACACACGUUUCUGUCAGAUUCAUACAUUCAUUGUACAUAA